AAGAGGGCGGAGUGUGUUUGUCAUCCAAGUGUGAAGUACUGACUCCCUGCCUCCGAUAAAUAGGAUUUUUCCCCCUCUUUCAUUCGAUCACGUCUGUUGUGGUCCAGCAUCAUAUUGGGAGGAGAGCGUCGGGGAUCCUGCACAUCUGCUGCGCUCCUGCUAGGAGAUACAAGACCGAGCCAGCAUCACUUACACAAACAACGCCAAUGUACCUGAGGGGAAAGGGAUUACCGAUGCAAUAACUGUCUUCUGGCCAGGAAUCGGAAUUGGUGAACUGAAGCUGGUAAGGUAAAAGAGCUGGACUGAAGGAUAUGGCCAUAAUCCGGAUAUCGUUACUCUUGCAAGUGGGAUUUGUUAUAGCAUCAAAUUAUAGAUAUGUGGAACAUGAUCGGGACCUAAAAGCAAAGCUACCCAUUUACGAUACGCACAACAAUCAGCAAGCGCACCUCCGGAAACCCCAUUCGGGUUUAGCGCUGAAGAUUGAGGAACAGGUACCCAGAGUGGUGACUGCGUUUCUGCACACGGGGGAUUCCUCCACCUUAAAACACGCCAACUGCUCCAGGAGAUAUGAGCUGGCGGUGUCGCUGGGCAGGACGCGCGGAGACGCUCAUCACGCCAUGCGCAGCGUCCUGGACACGGUCCUUCACGCUACAAACGUCCUCAACAUGAUCUUACAAACGAACAAGUCCAGACAUCACAGCCCCAGACGCGAUAUGGAGUGGUACCACGCUCUGGUCAGGAGUAUCCUGGAGGGAGACCUCAAGAUCCAUCGAGCAGUGGUCACCUUGAGCACCGAGUCCCCUCCUGAAGGGCCACCUGUUUACCUUCAGGCCACACGGGCAGGUGGAGAGAUCAUUCUCCAGGAUUUAUCCAGCACUGCCCACCAUAUAUUGAAAAACAGAACGGCUGAUACCGAGUGGUACCAUGAGCAUAAACAUAAAAAGAAGACCCAUCUCCAAAAACGAGUGCUGAGUCAAGAUUUUGCCUCUUUUGACGCGUCUGUGCGCAAUGGAGAAAGUUAUAUUACCGACAAAACUCAGAUUCACUGGUCAGCUCCGUAUUUGGAGUGUAAAAAUGGGAAUUUCAUUCCCAAAUGGCUCAUGACACUCUCUGCUGGCUUCUAUGGCCUUAAACCCAACCGGAAUCCAGACUUCAGGGGUGUUGUUCGUGUGGACGUCAGCCUGCAGGAUGUGGAUAUUGAUCAGUGCUCUGCAGAUGGCUGGUUUGCAGAUGCCUGGCCACACAGGUGCAACAUCACCACUAUGGAUUGUUUGCCCAUCCCAGGUCAUGGAUUUGUGCUGGACAAGUAUAAAUGUCACUGCAAAAGCGGCUUUUAUCAUCAAAGCAGAGUUGCAGUCAAUGGCUUUAAAAGCAAAGCGAGUGGGAAGGGCACGGAGAGUUUGCCACAUCACAGGGAUGUUCCAGAAAGUUCCAGCCACUGUCUGCCCUGCCAAGAAGGCUGUGAUUUCUGCAAGGACGACGUGCCCUGCGUGGCCCGGGGUGACGGCGCCCUGCGUAUGGCGGUGCUCUCCUUCCAGGGCUUGUGCAUGCUGGUGGAUUUCAUCAGUAUGGUGCUGCUCUACCAUUUCCGCAGGAACAAGAGUAUCAGAGCGUCAGGACUCAUCUUGCUAGAGGCCAUCUUGUUUGGAGCGCUCCUCCUGUACUUUCCGGUGGUGAUUCUGUACUUCCAGCCGAGUGUUUUCCGCUGUAUCCUGCUGCGAUGGGUUCGUCUGCUCGGAUUUGCCACAGUCUAUGGAACGGUCACCCUCAAACUCUACAGGGUUCUCAAGGUGUUCUUGUCACGUACAGCCCAACGGAUUCCCUACAUGACCAGCUGGAGAGUGUUGCGUCUACUGUGUGUCAUCCUGCUGAUUGUGUUAUGGUUCGCAAUAGCCUGGACCGCCGCUGUUUGUCAGAAUCCAAACAGACAUCUCGCGCUCAUCAAUGUGGGCCUCACCACUGAUCGGCUACAGUUCAGCAUGUGUCUGCUGGACCGCUGGGACUACAUGAUUGCUGUGGCUGAGUUCCUGUUCCUCCUGUGGGGUGUGUAUCUGUGUUAUGCGGUGAGGACCGUCCCCUCAGCGUUUCAUGAGCCACGCUACAUGGCCAUCGCAUUGCACAAUGAGCUCAUCCUAUCUGCCAUUUUCCACAUUUUAAGGUUCACUCUUGCCCCUGAACUGCACCCAGACUGGAUGUUGAUGCUAUUCUUUGCUCAUGCACACUUGACAGUGACUGUCACUUUGGGGUUACUGCUUGUGCCAAAGUUCUUGUUUGCGGGUACACAUCUAAGGGAUGACAUUGCUACAGAGGCCUAUGAAGAUGAAUUGGACAUGGGGCGGUCAGGGUCAUACCUGAAUAGCAGCAUCACGUCCGCCUGGAGUGAGCACAGUCUGGACCGAGAGGACAUUCGAACACCAGAGGAAAUGGGCCAGCUAAGUUCUAUUAAUGGCUGUGGCGUAAGGUCUUGCGACAGUCUUUGGGAAAAACGUACCAACGAAGAGCUGAAGAAGCUCUACUCCCAGCUGGAGAUUUAUAAGAGGAAAAAGAUGCUGGCCAACAAUCCUCACCUGCAGAAGAAGCGCAGCUCCAAAAAGGGCCUAGGUCGCUCCCUCAUGCGCCGCAUCACUGAGAUUCCAGAGACAAUGGGCCGCCAGUGUAGCCGUGAGGACAAGGACCUGGGUGAACAUGGGAGUAAUCGCAACAGUAUCUGUGUCCUGAGAAAGAACCCUUUUGAACCCACACACUCUGCUAAGCCUGCCAAAGAUGAAUCCUUGAAGAGCAAAGUUUUCUCCCUUAAAAAGUCCCAUAGCAGUUAUGACCAUGUCCGGGACCACAGUGAGGAUUCCAGCAGUUCAAUAACUGACAAGAUGGAAGUCGCAAAUACAGAAGGCUCCCUUCUCGAAACCCUAAUGGGCAAGAAGCUGGUCAAAAAGUCCUCUGAGAAGAUUGAUGCAGCCAGCGAGUCAACAGAGUCAGUUCCCUUGGUGUGUAAGUCAGCCAGCGCUCACAACCUGACAGCGGAUAAGAAACCUAUUCACCCUAGAACAUCCAUGCUGCAGAAAUCUCUAAGCGUUAUUGCCAGUGCCAAAGAGAAAACGCUUGGUCUAACAGGAAAGGCCCAAGCAGUGGAGGAUCCAACAAAAAAAGCUAAUCAAAAGAACAAGGAUGCCAAGACCUCAGCUGAAGCUGAAGAGAAAGAGGGUCAUCCAAAGAUGAUUGUCAGUCAGUCAGUGGAGUACAAGCAGACAGCUGCCAAAACAGGUAUAAUGAAGCCACAGAUGAGCGGAAGCCAGCCCUCCAUUUGCUCAGAAACAGCCAAGGGGAAAGACCUGUAUGACCUCUCAGAAGUGUGCCCUUGGGAGUUGGAGGACUUGCCAACCCCCUCCGAAAACAAGGUGCAGAAACAUGUGUCCAUUGCCCCCGAGCAGACCACCACAGUCCAUGGAAGUAGCAACAAGGCAACAAAGUCACAACAGCAAAAGCAGAAAGGCACAGAGCAGUCACCCUCUGUGGCCAGACAUCCAAUCCAGAAAGUUGCUGACAGAACAGACAUAUGUCCAUGGGAGGAAGGAAAUGAGGACCAUGGUCAGGCAAUGGGGCCAAAACCUCACUCCAGUAGUAAGCCUGCUAUGUCCCAAUCCCAGGCAUCAGGAGAAGUUGUCAAGGUUCUAAAAGCUGAGGUCUGUCCUUGGGAUUUUGAAGAAGUGGCGAGCAAGCCAAGGGACUCGGAUUGCUCCCCUGAUCAGAGCAGACAAAGAAAGGACACCACACCAACUGAGAUCAAAGGGAAAAUAAGCUCCUCGCCUACUGAAGUCAAGGUCAAGGGUACACCUACAGAGGGCAAAGCAAAGAGUGUUCUCUCUGAGCCUACUAAAUCCAUGGGCAGCUCACUACAGCCACCCUCUAAAGUAGAAGUGUGUCCAUGGGAAUUUGAGACUGUGUCAGGUCCCAUCUCUGAAAAAAACCCUUGUUCUUCUCAGGUUUCUAAAACAAAGGAGACCCAUGCUAUCAAGAAGGGAAUUUCUCCUGGCAGAGUAUCAGAGAUGGAAAGGGAGAACACAAAGGGCCCUGAUGAUGACAAAAUGAAAUCAAAUGCAAAAGACAAGUUAACCUCUGGCAAAACGAAAGAAAGACCUGUCAGCCAGUCUAAACUGGCUGAGGUUUGUCCAUGGGAUGUUGAUAGUAGUCAAGAAAUUGUCUUAAUGGAAAAACAAAAAAGCCCAAAUGUUGCAUUAGCAAAAAGCAAGGAAGCAGAGGUAUGCCCUUGGGAUUUUGAAGACGCAGCAACUAGUAAAGAAGUCAACCAGAGCACCAGUUCAUCCACUGGCAAACAGAAAAGUUCGAAUUCUAAAGGCAGAGUUACUAGUGGUGUAAAAAUGUCAGAUGUCUGCCCUUGGGACGUUGGUGACCAAGGAUCAACAAAAAAGGCAUGACACUUUACCUGAGUGAACCAUUAGUUAGUCCUCAUUAUAUGUGCUUUUUCUUUCAUAAAUACACCAUGGAAUAAAAACUUAUUUAUGGUGAUUUGGAGAAAAAAAAUCAACAUGUCGCACAAGCUGCCUUUCUCUUCAACCUUUUGUUUUCCCUUUGUGUUUUUUUUGGAAUAAAAAAAAACAGACAAAAAACAAAAAUGCAACAACUCACCAGGCAUUCCAGAUUUUAAAGUAUUGGUUGAACCUUUAAAUAGAAACGGUAGUUUACAAUUAUGCAACUCUUUAUGUGC